AUGUCCAGCAGGCAGAAGAAAGUUAUUUUUGGAGUGGCUGGCUUGUUCAGCUUCGCUUGUGCCCUGGGCGUUCUAGCAGCCACAGGCACGCAGUCGUGGAUUAAAGGAACAAUAUUCUGCCAAACCGGAGCCCUGCUCGUCAAUGCUUCGGGACAAGAACUGGAGAAGUUUAUUGGCGAAAUUCAGUAUGGGCUCUUCUCGGGCGAGCGAGUCCGACAGUGCGGGUUAGGAGGGAGACCUUUUCAGUUUUCAUUCUUCCCCGAUUUGCUCAAAGUUAUCCCUUUAAGUAUCCACGUCAGCGUCAUUCUCUUUUCUAUAAUCCUCAUUGUAUUUACCCUGGUGGCCACAGCUUUUUUCUUGUUCAACGCAUUCGGCAAGCCCUAUGAAACGCUACAUGGCCCUACAGGACUGUAUUUUUGGAGCUUCAUUUCCUGUACCUGCGGUUGCCUUGUCAUGGUCCUCUUUGCCUCUGAAGUGAAAAUCCACCGUCUCUCAGAGAAGAUUGCCAAUUAUAAAGAAGGAACUUAUAUCUACCUGACUCACAGUGAAAACUACGCCAGCUCAUUCUGGGUCAUCUUCGUUUGCUCUUUCGUACACUUUCUGAACGGGUUUUUAAUCCGGCUUGCUGGAUUCCAGUUCCCUUUUGCUAAAUCUAAAGAUUCAGAGACGACUAAUGGAGCAGUGGAUCUAAUGUACUAGAAGAUGUCUUUUUAAUAAUCUUGAGGUCAAGGAAGUCGGUUGAUACCCUGGUCACUUUCAGGCCCCAGUGAGUUUGCCUAAUGGUGAAUUCUGAAUGGAUGAAUCCCCCGCAAAAAAUAGAAGUUGUAUUUCCUCAUGGCGUAAGGCACAAGGCAUCCCUUUUUCCCACCUGGAGAUGAAGAUAAAAUGAGACAGAAACAAAAAUAGGUGAGAAUGCAUUUAUUUUUCCAACUAUUCAAAGGAACUGGCAGGGAUGAGCUGAUACCAUAGACAGAAACUCCAGUAUAAAUCCACCCUGGCAUCGAUCUGGAUACACAAAACCUGAAACAAUGCAGCAGCCUCCUUGUGUUCUGAUCAAUCAAUCGUAUUUA